AUGUUCACGCACUUCCAACACUAUAAAUACAUGGCCUUCAUCGUUCCCGCUCUCCGCCUAGGCGUCAUCACUCAUCAACCUACAACCUUUCUUCAUAAUCUCCCAAACAACCGUUGUUUCUCGACCCGUUCAGUGAAAACACUUUACUCCGCUUGCCAGUCCCGUCCAACCAUCUCGUUCUCGCUAGCCUCGCAGGAAUCUAUCACAAGCCAACCUUCCGCCAUGUCAUACAUGAAUGCCGACCUCGACCACAUCGCUCUUGAUUGCAAGAGCGACCCGCUUGACCUCCUAGAUUUUUACGUAUCCGUAUUCAAUUUCGAACCGCUCAAGGUCGAGGAAUUCAAAGCUGGCACAUUUCCGUUCCCCAGUGUCCGUACAAGUGCCAAAACCAUUCUCGACUUCUUCGCCACCUCUAAGGAUGACCCCAACCCGCCGAAGGGGCUUCGCCAGAGCAACCAUUUCUGCUUCGCCGUUUCAAAGAGCGACUGGGAUGAGCUCAGGGUGAGGCUUAAGGAGAAGAAAGUUGACACGAUGGGAGAGCCGAAAGAGCGCUCGGGCGCCAGGGGAGAUGGAGUUAGUAUUUAUGUGAAGGACCCGGAGGAAAAUGUUGUUGAGUUCCGCUACUAUCCACAUGAGGCCUAGUUGGAUAUAGGCAGUUUUCUGGGACUCUGCUAUGCCGCUAACCCGAAUAGGGAAAUCCAAAGCACGCCUUCUGAUCUUCGCAUAUCUUCACGCAGUAAAUGGGCGCUUCCUGAAA